CGGGGCCCCAGCGCCGCCGAGCCGCUCUCCCGGGAGGCCGAGCCGGGCUGCGGGCGCUGCGGCCAUGGAGCUGCCGCCGCUGGCCCGCGGGAUCGCGGCGCUGUCGCUCGGCGCCGUCCCGGUGUCCUACGCGCUCAACCAGCUGGCGGGGCUCUCGCACCCCCUGGGGGUGGCAUUGGCAAGCACCCUGAUCCUGGCACUGCUCUUCGUGGCCAUCCACGGCUUGUCCCACGAUGAGAUCUCCUACGACCCGCUGUAUGCUGUGUUCGGGGUCUUUGCCUUCACGUCGGUGGUGGACCUCAUCAUCUCCCUCCAGGAAGACGGCUACGUGGUGGGCUUCAUGGAGUUCUAUACCAAGGACGGCGAUCCCUACCUGCGCACGGCUCAUGGGAUCUUCAUCUGCUACUGGGACGGCACCGUCCACUACCUUCUCUACCUGGCCAUGGCCGGCGCCAUCCGCAGAAGGAAGAGGUACCGGAACCUGGGACUCUACUGGCUGGGCUCCUUCGUCAUGAGCAUCAUGGUCUUCCUCCCGGGAAACAUCCUUGGCAAAUACAGCUCGGAGAUCAGGCCUGCCUUCUUCCUCACCAUCCCCUACGUGCUGGUCCCAUGUUGGGCUGGCCUGAGGGUUUUCAACCAGUCCCCGGAGCCAACCUGCUGUCCCCCCGCCAUGGUGCAAGAGGAGCACAAAAAGGGCCUCCUGCAGCGGCCGGCUGACCUGGCCCUUGUCUUGUACCUCAUUCUUGCUGGGUUCUUCACCCUUUUCCGGGGCCUGGUGGUGCUUGACUGCCCCACGGACGCCUGCUUUGUCUACAUCUACCAGUACGAGCCAUACCUGCGGGACCCCGUGGCCUACCCAAGGGUGCAGAUGCUGGUGUACAUGUUUUACAUGCUGCCCUUCUUCGGCCUGGCCGCCUACGCCCUCGUCGUGCCUGGCUGCUCCUGGCUGCCCGACUGGGCCCUGGUGUUUGCCGGAGCCAUCGGCCAGGCGCAGUUCUCCCACAUGGGCGCCUCCAUGCACCCCCGCACCCCCUUCACCUACCGCGUGCCCGACGACACCUGGGCGUGCUUCUUCGUGUGCAACCUGCUGUACGCACUGUGCCCACACCUGCUGGCCUUCCGCUGCCUGCGCCAGCCCGCCUUCUUCCUGCGCCCACUGCCCCCCGGGUCCAUGGCUCACCUCAAGAAGCAGCAGUGAGGGGCUGCCCGGGCACCCCGGACUCCGCUCACACGCCUGGCUGGCACUGCCCCAGGGGAGGGCAGGCUGGGGGGUUUUUUAGGGGUGGGAGGGACAUCUCUGGGGGCCUUUGAUCCUGGUGACUGGGACGAGAGACCUUGGGGCCCAGUGUCCAGGCAAAAGGGGGCCCUCUUCUUGGACCACAUGAGGGACCCCCAUCACUGCCACCCUGGAUGUCGGGAGCCCGAGGUUGGCACGCAGCCGCGUUGCCCCGAUGGGGCAAUCGAAGGGCCAGCUGGCGGGAUUGUUAAUGUGUCUGUGUUACUAAGAAGAGCCAGCAGUCCCUGCUCCAUCAAUAAAGUUUAAUAACUAAGAA